GCCAGCGAUGAGGCCGUUUGGCUGCAUCUCCGCGGCGGUCGGAGGCCCCCUGGCCGAAGCCCGGUCAGCUCAGCCAGAGCACGCCGCAGCGGAGCAGUGCAGCCGACGACGACAGCGACGGCCACGGCCCGAUCAACCGCCUGGAGACUGGGCUCAACCAUGGGCUCCCUCCGAAUACAACGUGGCAGUCAUGCAAGUCCUGGACCGCGUGUCGCCGAUGGAGAAGCUGCGUCAGCUUGGGCCGCUGCAGCUGGCCACGCAGCUCGACGACACGACGCUCCGCAAGAUGGCCCAGCUGGCCCUCAAGAUUUGCACCCGGCGGGGCCGCAGAGCACAGCGCUACCAUCUGCGCGCCGACGGGAGCUACGACAUAAGUCCAACAACGGCGGCUUGGGCAGCGAUCGUAGUCGCCGAGUGCUACGAUGACAGGAACGGAGGCAAGUUUGGGUUCCACGGGUACCUUUCAGGCAAUGUGCUAGACACCACGGACCACAUGGUGGACGGAGAAGAUCACGGCCUAUACUGCAGAGAUCACUGCGGGACUCUGGCCCAUGCUGUGGCAGCCUCCCUGCAGGAAGCGAUCCCGGUCAUGGCGGACCUAGUCGGGGGAGCGCUGCCACUCACUUGGGCACAUAUCAACUCGCACAUCGGCCACCCAUGGAACGAGCUGGUGGAUGGAGUAGCCGACCAUGCUGCCAUGGGCCCCUGCACUCACUGCGACAACACCGCGCCGAAGGCAGUCACGGCCGGCAAGCUGCUGACAUGGGAGUGGAUGCGUGACGCUGACAUCAGGCAGUCCGCAGCCUACCCGCCCAAUGUCAACGGCCAAUUCGUGGUCCCCGCCACCCAGCCCGAGGCCGGCCCAGAGGCGGUCCAGCGGCUUCAGGGAGACGCCCAGAUCAAGGCGGAAGUAUUCCAUGAGCUAUGCGCCAACAGCUCCAAGUCGUGGCAGGCGAAGGUGGCCAUGCAAGAGACCCGUGGCCAAGGCACGGGAAGGGCAGACCGCCGGCCAGCCAGCAGUCAUGUCCCAGCAGCCGCCAUCAACAAGAGGCUGCACCUGGCUGCCCCGUUCGACGACAUGGGCGUCCACGUGGUCGCCCUCCAGGAGACCAGCUCGGACGGGGAAGUGAAGCGAGUGGGCCAAUGCACCUGCUACUCCUCGGGCUGCCAGGACCUCGGCAAGGGCUGCCGCAUUUGGCUCAUCGCGACCCUGCAGUUCACAGUGCACGGCCAGCACCAGACGCUGGACCCCAAACAGACGCUGCUACUCCACCAGUCGGACCGACAGAGGCUCGGCAUCUUCGCGCGCAUAGCCUCGAGGGGCCAGCGCCGCCGCCUCGACUGCAUCAUGAUCUCGGCGCAGCUUGCCAAAUACGUUCUCGCAGCCACCAUCAACCCACGGUUCGACAAAGGAGCAACAGCAAACGACCACGCCCCAGUGUUUGCCACUAUGCGCUGGCAGAUCCGCGGACAGAAGACCACGGGCGAACCCGCCCCAGGCAGCUCCAAGUUCGCCGACCCAGACGCAAAGAAGCAGCCCUCGAAACCUUCGGGCGCGCGACAAAAAACACCCAAACUCUGCAUUGCGCCGCGCACCAUGAGCACCAUCCGCGCGCGGCGCCUCGCCAACAGGGCCCUCAAGGACCUGAAGCGCGGCAUCAUCGCUGACAACCGACCUAGCAUGCUUCACGCCCGCGCCAAGUCCAACAAGGGUGGGGCCUUACGAGAGGUUGCCAACUACAUUGCGGUGGAGCUCGACGCCAUCAGCCACGCCAUCUACCGGCUCCAGAUGCGGUGCUUCGCCACCGCCCAAGCGGGCAAGGUCAUCACGGCGAAGCAGCUAGCCGACAAGCGCAACCAGGACAGCGACAGCAAGUUCUUCCAAGGAAAGCUGCAAGUCGAGGCGGCGAUGCCCUACGGCGCGCGCUGGCACCAGAUGCGCUCGGCGGGGCCAUGCCCCAAGGGCGGCCAGGCGGCCUCGCCAGCGCCCUGCUGCGCGCGCCGCCCCGCCAACGCGCAGAAGUGCUCCGCCCGCUUUUCGCGAAAGCCGCCGUGGCAGUCCGCGAGCCGCUCGCCUUCGAGGGCGGCGAUGUAG